AUGAAUAUUAUCUGCUGGAAUGCUCGGGGCUUGAGCAAUCCGAGAGCAUUCCGUCAACUUCGCAUGCUCGUUUCUCAUCAUAGUCCUGAUGUUGUUUUUAUUAUGGAGUCAAAGCUUAGAAUAGGGUCUCUUUCUAAAUUCCGUAAUGUAUUAAAGUUUCCUAAUGGUAUUGAAGUUCCUAGAGUUGGUCUUAGUGGGGGUCUUUUAUUUCUUUGGAAAUCUAAUGUAAAUGUAACUAUGAUUAAUUAUGGUAUAAACUUUGUUGAUUGUUACAUGGGUUUUGUUGAUGGUCCUUCUUGGCACUUUUCGGGAUUCUAUGGUGCUCCCUCUAUUUCUCAGAGGCAAUUCACUUGGGAAUUGCUAAAAAAAUUAAAAGAUACUGCUCCUUUAUACCCGUGGCUUGUCAUGGGCGAUUUUAAUGAAGUCCUCUCUCAAAGUGAUAAACUUGGUGGUCCAUUACGUUGUGAAAACCAGAUUGAUGCUUUCCGAGAUGCCAUUGAUUUUUGUGAACUUCAUGAUCUACCUUACAAUGGUGAUAGAUUUACUUUGCACAAUAACCAUUCUCAAACUUCAAAUGUUAAGGAAAGACUUGACUAUGGGUUCACUAAUACUUUCUGGGCUGAUUCAUUUAUUACUCAACCUGUUUCUCAUUUGGAUUUCUUUGGUUCGGAUCACAGAGCCUUGUUGUUUUCGGUUGCCAUCCCCAAUGUGCAAUCACAGCCGAGAUUCAAGUCAAGAUUCAGGUUUGAACAAAUCUGGUUGCAGGAGGAAAAAUGUCAUGAUAUUAUACUGGAACAGUGGAAGAAUUCGGCUACUGACCCUACUAAUCAGGUGCUGCAAAAUAUUUCUAAUUGUGCAUCUCAGCUUCAGCGUUGGCACCAUUCAAAGUUCAGUGAUAUGCCGAAAAAAAUCAAGCUUUCCCAAGAUAAAGUGGCUGCUCUUAAUAAUAAACAUGACACGAGUAUUGAACAUUUUGAAGAGCUUCGCAUGAGUGAAUCAAUCCUUGAUGAGUUACUAACUAAAGAAGAGGAAUACUGGAAGCAAAGAUCAAGAAUUUCAUGGUUGCAAUCCGGUGAUUCUAACACCAAAUUUUUCCAUCAAAAGGCUUCUAGCAGGCGGUCCAAUAAUACUAUUCGUAUGCUGAUUGACGAACAUGGAAUUGAACAUUCAUCUCCUGCUGAUAUUGCUCACAUUGUUCAGAGUUAUUUUCAUAAUAUGUUCUCCACAGAGGGUUACGAUGCUGCUGCUAUUGAUCAUGUGAUGUCUGUUGUUCCUCAUAUUAUUUCUGCUGAAACUAACCAAGCUCUUCUUCGUCCUUACACAGUUGCUGAUGUGUAUGAUGCUCUUUCUUCCAUGAAAUCGGAUGGUAGCCCAGGUAUAGAUGGUAUGUCUGUCAUGUUUUACAUCAACUAUUGGGAGAUUGUUGGCGAUCUUGUUUCUCGUACAGUUCUCAAAGUUCUAAAUGAUGGGGGAGAUCCUUCAAGCUUCAAUCAAACUGUUAUCACCUUAAUUCCUAAGGUUAAGAAACCGACUUCAAUGUCCCAGCUGCGCCCAAUUAGUCUUUGUAACGUUCUAUACAAGUUGGUCUCGAAGUCAAUAGUGUUACGAUUGAAGCCUUUUAUUGGUGAAGCAAUCUCAGAUUCUCAAAGUGCGUUUAUUCCAUCUCGUCUAAUCACUGAUAACGUACUUAUUGCCUUUGAACUGCUACACUCUCUUAAACAUUUAAAAAGAGGCAAGGAAGGUUAUGCAGCCAUCAAAUUAGACAUGAGCAAAGCCUUUGAUAGGGUCGAAUGGCAUUUUAUUCAGCAUAUGAUGUUAGCUUUGGGUUUUCAUCCAGCAGUGGUCGACCUUGUUCAGCGAUGUAUUCAAAGUGUAUCUUACUCAUUUCUUAUCAAUGGUUCGGUGGCGAAGGAAUUUGUUCAUCCAAGUCGUGGUAUUAGACAAGGGGAUCCCUUAUCCCCUUAUCUUUUCAUUAUUUGUGCGGAAGGUUUAUCACGACUUCUCCAACAUGAGGAGGCUAUUGGUAAUUUACAAGGUCUACGGGUCUCACGUUCUGCUCCAAGUGUCUCUCACUUGUUCUUCGCGGACGAUAGUUUGGUUCUAUGCCGUGCUAAUCGACGUUCUGCAGCUGCCAUUAAAUCAUCCAUUGAUAUCUAUUGCCGAGCUUCGGGCCAAAAACUGAAUGUGGACAAGUCAGUUUUAUCUUUCUCCCCAAAUACUCUCCCUUCAAUCCAAACGUGUCUACAACAGAUUUUGUUAAUGCCAAUACAACCGUGUCAUGAGCGCUAUUUGGGUCUUCCAUCAUAUUCAGGAAGGGAUAAAAAAGUCUUGUUUGCUGAGAUUAAGGAAAAGCUAUGGAAAAAUCUUUCGGCUUGGCAAGAGCAAUUAUUUUCUAUUGGUGGUAAGGAAAUCCUCUUAAAAGCUGUUGCUCAAUCUAUUCCGACAUAUGCUAUGAGUUGCUUCCGCCUCUCUAAGUCACUAAUUAACCAAAUUGAAGUGAUGAUGAAUAAAUUCUGGUGGGGUUCGAAUUCCUCUGGUUCGGGCAUUCAUUGGAAGACUUGGUCUCUACUUUGUGCUCCAAAGGUGGAAGGAGGUUUAGGUUUUAAGAGCUUCAUUCAUUUUAAUCAAGCUUUACUAGCGAAGCAGGCUUGGCGCAUCUUCUCCAAUCCUUCUUCCCUGUUAAGCCGCAUUCUCAAAGCUCGAUAUUACUCACAUUCCUCCUUUUUGGAUGCUGGUAAUGGCCCAUAUCCCUCCCUUACUUGGCAAGGGAUUCAUUGGGGCAAAGCUUUGCUUUCAAAAGGUCUUAGAUGGAAAGUGGGAGAUGGUCAAGGCAUCUUGUGCAAAAGUGAUCCUUGGCUGCCUGGUGUCACCAACUUUCGUCCUUUGGUUGUGACUGGAAUUGAGGAUCAUGUUAAGGUUUCUUCUCUAAUUACAGCUGAAAGGUCUUGGAAUUUAAACUUGCUGAACUCUUAUUUUAUUCCUGCUGAUGUUGAGCGAAUCCUUAGCAUUCCAUUGACCCUAACUCCAUAUUCGGAUGCACUUAUCUGGCACCAUGAGCAUAAUGGCUGCUACACGGUGAAAUCGGGUUAUUUUUUGGCUACUAAUUUGGAGGAACAACAGCCUAGUAUAUCAGGUACACAAUCACAGCAAUGGUGGAAAAAAUUCUGGCGGUUGUCCUUGCCUUCCAAGGUCCGUAUUUUUUUAUGGCGUGCGAUAAAUGAUUGUAUACCGGCUACUGCUGUUCUGUUUCACAGGCAUAUAGCUCAGUCCCCAAUUUGUCCACUAUGUCAACAAGAUAGUGAAUCAAUUAUGCAUGCUUUGUUCUAUUGCCACAGGCCUAGAAAAAUUUGGAAAUAUUCCUCUUUCUCACUUGAUAAUAUACUCUUUAGCAGUAUGACUUGA